UAGAAAGGUUGUGUUGCUAUAUAACCCUCAAUGUACUGUUAAUCAUUUAGUUUACAGUAACUAAGUAAGAGAGCUGUUCACUCUUUUAUGAUCUCAAGGCUGUAUAGCAAUCUCAUCGUCAGCCAUAUCCGGGGUCCAUAUCCAUGGCUUCACACAACGGCAGCUCAGCCUCAUCCGGCUUCCAGCCGGUCUUUAAAUCGUUCGCCACAGAUGCGAUCCACGUUGGUUCAGAGCCGGAGCAGUGGAACUCUAUGGCCGUAGUGCCUCCCAUUUCACUGUCUACCACCUUUAAACAGCACGGUCCGGGGCAACAUGCGGGUUUUGAGUACAGCAGGAGUGGAAAUCCCACAAGAAACUGUCUUGAGAAAGCAGUUGCUGCUUUGGAUGGUGCACAAUACUGUGAGUGCAUCACCAACACAAAACUAUUUAAUAUUAUCUACAAAUGCUAUUGCCAUAAACCUAAAGCUCUGAUUUUCCUAACAGGUCUCGCUCUUGCUUCUGGAUUGGCUGCAACUUUGACCAUUACACAUCUUUUUAAGGCCGGAGAUGGAAUUCUGUGCAUGAAUGAUGUUUAUGGAGGAACUAACCGAUAUUUCAGGAAAAUUGCUGCUGAAGUUGGCCUUGACGUCUCAUUUGCUGACCUCACGAAGCUAGACGAGCUAAAGACAGCUUUAAAACCGAAUACAAAGAUGGUGUGGAUUGAAACGCCCACAAACCCUACUAUGAAGGUCGUGGACAUUCAGGGCUGUUCAGAUGUUGUCCAUGAGCACAACAAGGACACAAUUGUUGUUGUGGACAACACUUUCAUGUCAGCCUACUUCCAGCGCCCUCUUGCACUUGGAGCAGACGUCUGCAUGUACUCUGCAACAAAGUACAUGAAUGGACACAGCGAUGUUGUCAUGGGGUUGAUGUCUCUCAACCGCGAGGACCUCUAUGAACGGCUGAAGUUUUUGCAAAAUGCACUUGGGGCUGUUCCCUCUCCAUUUGACUGUUAUUUGUGCAACCGGGGUCUGAAGACACUGCACUUGAGAAUGAAGCAGCACUUUAAGAACGGACUGGCAGCGGCACAGUUUCUAGAGGCCGACCCGAGAGUGGAACGAGUCAUCUUCCCAGGUCUUCCAUCUCACCCUCAGCACGAGCUGACAAAGAGACAGUGCACAGGCUGUCCCGGGAUGAUCACUUUCUACAUUAAAGGGAAACUGGAGCACGCCUCAACUUUCCUCAGCAAUCUGAAGUUGUUUGCGCUUGCUGAAAGUCUUGGUGGUUAUGAGAGUCUAGCAGAGCACCCAGCGAUUAUGACUCAUGCUUCAGUGCCUGAGAAUGAGAGGAAAAAGCUGGGAAUCAGUGAUACACUCAUUCGUCUGUCGGUGGGCCUGGAGGAUGUGGAAGAUAUUAUUGCAGACAUCGAUCAAGCCCUCGGUGCUGCACAUCCAAAAAAGUAAGAGACUGACCAAGAUCAAUCAGGAAGAGCAGUGAUGCCACAUGUGGAUGAGACAAGGGCACUUUUUUUUUUUUGGCACAUCAAUUACUUAGUAUAUUUAAUUGUAUUUGUCAGGGAACAAAUAACCUCAAGAAACUCAUCUUUUUCAUUCAAAGUACUGGAGAUUUGCUGCUUUUUUGUUUCUACUUUUUGUAAUUUAUAGUUUGGGGUAUUGGGUACAGCCUCAAUUGUUAAAGUUUUAAUACAGGAAAACGCUAGGACUGCAAGGGAAAUCUGAUAUAUGAUGCAAAUGAAGAUUUGUAUCUUCUUUUUAUAUAGAAUGUUCAAAUAAGUGAUUCAAGUUGAUCGAGAAGAAAAGACACCCUCCGAGUUCCCACAAUCACUUUUUAUUUUCUGCAUCAAAGAUGCAAAGCCACCUCAUAAUGUUUCAAAUCACCCUUCAUUGAUCAGUUUUGUAUAUUUUCUAAAUGCCUAUAAGCAAUUUUCAAAUCUAAAGAGAUCACAUCCGAUCUUUGUCUGUGCUGCCAGACCCAUUAAAAGCCAUUUGUUUGCCUUU